GUUCGACGUGCGCGACGCGCUCCGCCUCCCUCGGGAGCUGCCCGGGCCCGAGCCGGGGCCGCCGUCGCCGGCGCGCGGCUCGGCGGGCGCGUGCGCGCCGCAGCCGCCCCCGCCGCGCCGCGCCGCGCGCGCCUCGGCAAGGCCAUGGCGCGCCGCUCGCUCGCCGGCGACGACACCGGCCUGCUGCUCCAGCCGCCGCCCGCCUCCAACAGCGACGCCGACGACGACGUGCUCGCCAUCUCCCCUCCUCUCUGCGUUCCCAUCGAUCUCUCCUCCUCCGAUGAACGAACGACGCCUCUGGUCGAUGUCAAGAAGGAAAACGAGGGCCCGACGUAUUCCCCGCCUCGGAAGGCGGAAACCCUCGCUCUCCGGGAGCACAAUAUAGCCAUGAUCGAGGCGGCCGCGGCCCCCGACGCGCCCGAAGCGGUCAAGCGGAGAUACUCCCGGCCGAAGCUGGAGAUAGAGAUGAAAGACGCGGAGCUGGAAGAUCCUUGCCGGACGAACGGCAUCGGCGAACAUGUGAAGCUUCAGAAGCGCAGAAAGGUCUCGAGCGAGCAGACCGAGACGCGCGUCGAGACGGUCACGAAGGAGCCCAAGAGGAAGACGCAGAAGCCGAGGCGGUCGCCCAAAACGCCCGCGGCGGAGAGGAAAUCUCUGAAAAGAAAGUCGGAGAAGUCCGCGGAGGAACCGGAGGCGAAGAAAGCCGUCGUGGAACAAUCCACCGUCGGCGACGACCCGCGACUUAAGAACGUGGCGGCGCUCCCGGAAGAUACUGUCGCCGUGAAACCCAAAACUAAAAGUGCCGUGCUGCUUGAUAAUUUGUUAAGGAAAAAUAGUAUUGAUAGGUUGGACGCGAAAGGAUACGGCUCCGAUAAGGAGAUCAAUCCCGCUGAACUAUUCUUUUCGCCGAGCGAAAAUAUCGCGCAAACAAAAAAGACAUUAAACAUUAAUAAUAAUAUUGUGGAUACGAAUGGUACCGUCAAUGGCGUCAGGUCCACGGGAUCGCCCGCAAUAGAGAAAAAGUCGAGCAAGAAGGGGUGUAAAAUAGAGAAAAUCGAUUCUACAAUAACGCACAAUAUAAAAUCAGUAUUAAAACCCACCGAGAAACAGGAUUACGAGGAGGAAGCUAAAGUGCCAACAAAGUGUGAAACUGAAAAGAAUAGUACCGUGGUCUCUGGCGAAGUUACUGUAACAGAGGCCGUGAAAGACAAAAGUGAGAUCAUUAAAGACAAGAGUGAUGUCAAGGACGAUAGUGUCAGUGUUAGUAAUAAAGUUCCCGAAGUGAAGAAAGUGGCGAAGAAGAAGGCGGACGCCGCUAAAGACGAUAAGGAGGCCGAGAAGGAAGGCGACAAGGAAGAGCCCAAGGAGGUUCCGAAGCCCGUGAAGCGGUGCAAGCUGGUCGACAAGGCCGUGGGAGAAAAGGUGAAAUUGUUCGCAAAGAAGGGCGUGAUCAAGACCGACGAAGCGGCCCUGCUGGUGGAGGACGCGUGCGCGUCGCCGACGCCCGCGCCCCGCGCGCCGCCGCGCUGGAGCAACGGCUGGACGUGGGACGGCGAGGACCACAUCUCUAAAGUCUACCUCAACAACGACAGCCGCCUAGACCGCACGGCGCGCUGCUGGUCGCGCAUGACGCACGCGAGCGGCGACCGCGUGGCGCGCGGCGACUGCGUACUGCUGCGCGCCUCUUCAGCUCGAGCUCAGCCUUUCGUGGCGCGCGUGGCACGCCUGUGGGAGAACCCUGAUGACGGUGAAAUGAUGGUGUCCCUCGUAUGGUACUACCGGCCGGAGCACACGCACGGCGGCCGGCAGCCGGACGACGCGCCGGACGAAGUCUUCGCGUCCCGACACCGCGAUGCCAACUCCGUCGCUUGUAUUGAGGACAAGUGCUACGUGCUCACGUUCAACGAGUACUGUCGGUACAGGAAGCGGCUAAAAGCCAUCGAGGAGGGCGUGACGGUGGCGCCAUCUAUCGUGCCGCCGAUGCCGGCGGCGGACAUCACGCCGGCGGUGGCCACCAACGACUCCAAGCUGCCGCCCACAGUCUCCCCGGAUCUGGUGCUGUUCUGCCGCAAGAUCUACGACUUCCGCUCCAAGAAGAUACAGGUCCCCAACAAGUGACCGCCAAACACCAAAGCUAAUUUAGGACCGAGUAGACCCUAAUACUAGUACAAAACGUUCCCGGUGCAAAUAUGUAGUAGUAUCGCCUUUUCUAUCAUUACGCCGUUCCCCUCAGUUGCUAUGUGAUGUGAUUUGGCGUAACGCUACUUAUGUUCAUUUCGUUUCGUUCAGGAAAUCGAGUGAUGCCUUUUAUAAUGUGUAAGUAGGUUGUAAGCGACGGUUUAAUUGUGUAGUGAUAGCGACGUAUUUUCUUUUAUUUGCUUAGAGUGCGCUGCGUCCUAUUUAUUAUAAUACCCGUAGGAGCUGAGUGUAAAAUUUAAUCUAUUUUCUCGUAGUUGAUUGGAUUACGGCUAACGAUAAGUUUCGAUUAGGCUGGAUGUAAAAGGCAUUUAUAAUUACUUUUAAUUACCUUAUUGUUACAUUGUUGUCAAUGUAGAGUCUAUAUUAAAUUAUUAUUUUUAGUUAAGCAUAUUAUUUUAAAUCAGUGCAAGGCCUGGGGCCCAUUUCUCGAAAGGUACAAGUCUUGUAUUACAAGUGUGUUUCCAUGGAAACCCAUACGAUUUGACAGUUCGCGCACUUGUAAUACAAGGCUUGUACCUUUCGAGAAACGGGCCCCUGGUCCGCCAUCGGCCGAGGAUCUCCCAGUUUUCUGUUUACGUUCCUUCACGUUCAAAUCAUUACCAUUUUACAAAUAAAAUAUAUGUGUGAUAUAGUUUCAAUCAAUUAUAAUUAUCUUUUAUUAUGUGAAAUAAAAUUAUGAUCAAUUUUAAUGUAUGAACAUUUGCAGAUAAAUGAAGCUUGUAGUACCUAACCACAUUUUGUGAGGCAUACAUCGCACACUGGAGAUUAUUUUCAGCGGGUACAGACUCGGGUAUCAUUAUAAAUCUCAACGUCAUGUUGUGUCGUAACUAAGGUCUAUUAUACAUAGAUUGUUUUUCGUAAGUAACUAUGUCCUGAAUAGUUGGAAUUAUUGUUCCCUCGGUGUGCGAAGUAUUGCUACAGCGUGAAUGUAUCUUCACUUAUGUAUACAAUUAUAUCAGGAGUAGUUUUUAACAUAUAAUGUAUUGAGUAGAUAUUUCUAUUAAGUAUAUAUGUGGAGUACUCUGCCUUGGAAGGAAUUGAUUUAUAUACUGCAUUUCGGCUCUCUGUACGAUUAUCUUCGGUUUUCCCAUUUCUUUACGAAGACUGAGCGAGGCGAGUGUCUCACGCCGUCAAUUGAAUCGAAAUUCAAAAAUGUUACAAUUUCGUUUCGCGCAAUUUUUUAUCCAGUAAAAAACAUAAAAAUGAAAAUAACAAAUGGGAACAUUGUAACAUAUUUUAAAUGUAAUUUUAGAGCGUUAGUGUAUCAGUCGCUGUGUGGAAAGAGAUAUAUGUGCGACUGUAAUAGUGAAAUCUCUGUAUCAUUAGAGACAUAAUUUUUAAGUAGCGCAGUACAUAAAGUAAAAAAAAGUAUAUUUAACGUUAUAACUCCCGCGUGGAAGUUCGUCAAAGGGCAUUUAUACGUUUGCAACUUCUGUAGGUACUUACUUCCUUCGCUAUGAGUCUGGCCACUAAAAGUUAUAUCACAAAAAACAGCAUACGGAAAAGUUACACAAUUUUAUGGUGUAACUUUUAUGGGCCAGACUACUAUCCUUGUCGUUUAAGUUGAUGUUAUUUUUUGUAAAUACGCCUUUGUUAUUCCUCGCAAAAUUUAUUAUUCCACCGGCGGAGAAGAAUAUAAUUCAAAAUAAGAUGAUAAUUGUUACAUAACAUCAUCCUCCGCCGGUCUAUUCCAAAGCAUUAGUUCUAUGUCUAUUUUCUUUUUUUCAUUGCUUCAUGCCAAAAAAUUAGCUGCAAACAUAAUUGUUCAGUAAUACGAUACCAAUCUCCUCUACUUAGGUUACAAGAAUGUUAACAGAGGCUGCGAUUUCCCCACUGAACAUUUCUUUUGGCGUACAUUUCCUCAAUGUCUUAGGCAUGGCGGUGAAUAUACAAGAAAAAUCUUGAGUCUGUCUAAUUUACUUAAAUUAGAAAGGCAGAAAUAAAAUGAUAACGCUAUGGAGUAGUAUGUGAUGAGUACUUAGUAUGUUAUGACAGAGAAAGUAGGUUCUUAAAAGAAACCUUCCGCUGGUACGCAUAAGAUUCGAAGUCGUUUAACCGCCAUGUCCUUGUUACCAAAACGACUAUUAGAAAGUAUGCCAUUCUUCUAUAGUGUACGAAUGGAUUGAGCCUAAGCGAGUAGUUUUACUCAACCACGGAGCUAGAAUAUAGCGCGUAAGGUGCCAACUGAGAACAGACAUCUGAUAC